AUGGGUAAUUCUGGUUCAAAACAGCAUGCUAAACUCAGUGGCAAGAAAGAUGGCCACGAUAGUGAUAAGAAGAAAGCACCGGACCUGCCACCAUUAACAAAGUCCGACACGACACAUUCAUUGAAGUCGUCGAGGUCGCUCAGGUCGCUCCGGUCAAAGCGUUCAGAGACGUCGUUGACAUCGAACGCUCAAGCUCAGACCCAAGCUCAAUCCCGCAGACCUUCUACCGUCGGCAAUGGCGUUCGUAGCCGUAGACAAUCUAGCAAUAUUCCAGCCACCCCUCCCGAUAACCAGCAUUUAAUCUCACGGCCCAGUUCGUCAAGAAGGCUCUCUUCGUCUUCAAGAAGAUCGAGCACGGCGAACAACAAUAAUUCGGAGUUACCACCAUCAAUGAUUCAAAUGGAGCCUAAGUCCCCGAUUCUAAAGAACCGCAGAAGUACCCAAUCUACGAGCUCCUUUACGUAUUAUGAAAAUGCGUUGACCGAUGACGAUAAUGAAGACGACAGCGAAGACCCUACGAUGGCUAAAGUGACUCGUAUCAGCACCGGUUCAUCCGCCGAUAAAAACUAUAAGCAUACCCUUUCGAGACGCCACAACUCUUUGCAACCAGAAAAAGCGAAGUCUGGCUCUUCAUCCUCUUCGUCCAGAUUGCGCAGAAGAUCUGACAAUACGUUACCUUCAAACUAUUCUUCAAACAUGGAGCCCAAUGGGAACGCUAGCAGUUAUUCUUUGAACAGAUCGAACUCGUAUGCAUCUUCCACCCAUAGCAGGAAAUCGUCAUUCGGGUCGACGGGGAAUACAGCUUACAGUACACCAUUGAAUUCACCAGCUCUGAAAAAGAUGAGCUCUAGGAACAACGACAACAGUAACGAAGAUGAUGAUGACGAGUACUCAUCACCCAUCCCCAAUCUAAACAUAGACAAGCCUUCGUCGUCGUCUUCAUCGUCGUCUGCAUCAAGAAGAGAAUAUCUAAGUGCUUAUCCAACACUCGUACACAGAGACUCAUCAUCCUCACUUAGUCCGCGGGGCAAGGGACAACGGACGUCUUCUUCAUCUGGAUCUAGUCAGAGAAUAUAUGUCUCACCACCAUCUCCUACGGAUGAACUUGUGGGUGAAAGUUUUAUAGAUGGUGACGAUGAAUCCAAGACAAAUACCUUGCUUGAAAUGAAAAGGAAAAAACCGAUUCGUCCCAUUGAUAUAGAUGAAAUCAUUCAAAAACUACUGGAUGCCGGUUAUGCUGCAAAGAGAACCAAGAAUGUUUGCUUGAAAAACUCUGAAAUUAUUCAAAUUUGUCAUAAAGCUCGUGAAAUAUUUCUUGCUCAACCUGCGCUUUUAGAACUGUCCCCCUCUGUGAAGAUAGUGGGUGACGUUCACGGUCAAUAUGCCGAUCUUCUGAGACUCUUCACCAAGUGUGGAUUCCCGCCAAUGGCAAACUACUUAUUUCUGGGCGAUUACGUGGACCGUGGUAAGCAGUCCCUGGAAACCAUCUUGCUAUUGUUAUGCUAUAAGAUCAAGUAUCCCGAAAAUUUUUUCCUCUUGAGAGGUAAUCACGAAUGUGCCAAUGUAACAAGAGUUUAUGGAUUUUAUGAUGAGUGUAAACGACGUUGUAAUAUCAAAAUCUGGAAAACAUUCAUCGACACCUUCAACACACUGCCUCUAGCGGCCAUAGUCACGGGGAAGAUCUUUUGUGUUCACGGUGGAUUAUCACCCGUUUUAAACUCCAUGGAUGAAAUUAGACACGUCAGUAGGCCCACUGACGUGCCUGACUUCGGAUUAAUUAACGACCUCCUGUGGUCUGACCCUACAGAUUCGCCAAACGAAUGGGAAGACAACGAGCGUGGUGUUAGUUUUUGUUAUAAUAAAGUGGCUAUUAAUAAAUUUCUAAACAAAUUUGGAUUCGACUUAGUGUGUAGAGCUCAUAUGGUGGUAGAAGAUGGUUAUGAAUUCUUUAAUGAUAGAAGCCUAGUCACAGUGUUUUCCGCCCCAAACUAUUGUGGGGAGUUCGAUAAUUGGGGGGCCGUCAUGACCGUUAGUGAAGGUCUCCUGUGCUCUUUUGAGUUGUUGGAUCCAUUGGAUAGCACCGCGUUGAAACAAGUCAUGAAGAAGGGCAGACAAGAGCGUAAAUUAGCUAAUCGUUAA